AUGAAAAAUUUAAAAUAUUUCCCGCCUCAUAUAUUCUUUUCUAUCACUACCUGUUAUCACAUUUCAGGUGGGAAAGCCGCUUGCUCAUCUUUUAUCGAGAAAUGCUAUGCUUUUAUCGGUGAAAAUGCUGUCGACACUGUGAAAACGACAGCGUUUUGCAAUCUCCCAAAAGAGGCGUUGGUCAAACUGAUAUCAUCGGACUAUCUUGGUCUAGAAGAAGAGGACGUAUGGCGGGCAGUUCUCAAUUGGGCUAAGUAUCAGGCAGGGGUAACGCAGCCCACGCAACACUGGACCGAGGAGGAACGCAUCAGGGUCUGUCAGCACCUGUCCGGUGUGAUUAAUCACGUGCGAUUACUGUUAAUUGAUAGCCAAGUGUUUGCGGAGGAGGUAGAGCCGACUGGGGCAGUACCAAUAGAGAUGUCGUUGGAGAGGUACGAAUUUUUCACUCCCGAUCGAUCGAGCAGCUCGAAAUUUCGAAGGUAUAGGUAUGCAGCCCUGCCGAACAAGUACUCGGAGAUCUGCUCUGACAAGCGACUGCAGCCGCGAGUGAGUCCGUUCCUCUUCCCGGGCUCGCAGAUCCUUUCCAGGGACAAAGUGGGCUUCCAACGCCUUCUGAAUCAGUGGUACGGUGUGCCCAAGCAGAGUUGGCGGCUGGUCUAUCGGGCAUCCACUCAUGGCUACUCGGCGGCGUCUUUUCAUCGGCACUGUGACAACAUUUGUCCGACGUACGUGGUAGUGCUGGGUGUGCGUGGCGAAAUAUGCGGUGGAUUCAGCGACGUUCCAUGGGGCAAGACCAACUCGAAGGCGCAGUACAUCUCCUCGGAGAAAACCUUCCUGUUCACGUUGACGAACAACCAGGACGUACCCCCGACCAAGUUCGACGUCGUGAAGAAGUCGUUCGCGGUCUGCUACCAUCCCGAUGUAGGACCCAUCUUCGGUGCCGGGGCUGAUCUGCUGAUAUCCAGCAACUGCAAUGUCAACAAGGAGAGCUACAGCAACCUGCCGCACAGUUACGAGGGCGACCACGCGUCGAACCACGUGCUGAUGGGGGACUACCACUUCUCAGUAAUCGACUACGAGGUUUUCACCCCCAGCCAUCCCAUCAACAAGGCCAGUCAUUGAGUUGAUCGUAGUAGGUCUCGAUGAAUACUUGCUACGCUGAAGAGUGACGGCUCCACGCGAAAAGCAUACUUUUGAUAUACGUACGUCAUCUCAGAGCUACGACAAUAAUUGAAAGACUGAUUAUUUUAUCUUCCUUUUGUAGCAAUUGUAUUUUACAUUAUACAUACACGAUAAUUGUUGUAAUAAUCUUACGAAUAAAUAUCGCUCAGAGUAAUUUAUCCAUUCGGAUCGCGCAGGCGAAUAUAAUCUCGUGCCGGUUGAGUUUGAAACAUGCUUGACGAGCGAGCACACAUUCUGCGCUCUCGCGGAACACUAUACGCAAUCCAUAUUCGUCGCCCAUAUCCAACAGAGCAUUGCGAAAAGCACGCGUACGUGAGCGCGAGCGACGCGUGUAUUCAUGAAACCGCCUGGGCCAUACCUCGCGUACGCACGUUGAAUAUUCAUAUCGAGGUAUUACGACUAAAUGCGGCCAUCUGUCACCUGACAUUACCAUGUUAAACAGUUACGUCCGUAAAUUCUGCCGGCCAUUCCCGUAUCCUCGUGUUCUCCGCCGAGUACAUCGCGUAUACAUUAACGCCGAGAUGCGAGACUCGAUUCCUCGUAUUCGCCGUCCGCAGGAGUUCUGUUCUCUUAACGCUUCUGCGAAACUUUGACUACUUUUCUUUUUUCUUUUUCCAAAGUAAAGAGCGCACGGACCUCCGAGGCAUUUUUCUUCGCGCGCGUUAUUAUUUUGCAAGUUCUUUUCUAUUUUUACUCAAGUGUCAUAAUAUUGUAAUUUAUUCGAAGGAUAACAAAUAUGUAACAUUCACAGACAAUCUUUAACAAGUGGACGAUCGUCGCGUGUGUAAAUAUGUAAUAUUAAUUAUUUCUUUUUUUAUUAAGUUUUAUUUUUUUAUCGCAGCGCUUUGCAGCACUUAAUCUCGCAGUGAGAAUCGUGGACUUGCAAGUCUCGUAAUAAUUUGUACAAUAUUUUAACGUUGUUCAAAGAUGGGCGCGUAUCGUCAAAGUCACAUUACGUCACAUUGCAAAAAAUUGAUGGAGUAACGAAUUUUUAUUGUUGUCUAGCGUACAAGAGACUAAAUACUUACUGGCCCCGGUCCCUCUUCCACAAACCAUGCCAAUCUAUUAUUUACAAAUUUUCUCCCAGCUUACUACUAUUUAACAAUGUGCGCGGCGUGUGCGUUCCGCGCACGUUUGACUAAAGACGCGUUCUCUCAUCGAUUGAUGAUACAAUCAGCUUGGAAUUGUGCGUGCACGAGAGAUAAUUUGUACUGCGACAAGAAACGAUUUUUUAUUAUUGCUGAUACAAUACUGGCCUUUAUUGACUACGUUCGAUUUACAGCAAGUGCCUAACGAAAUGUGUCGACGAUAAUUCUACGUGAUCAACAACAACUGCGUAACUUGUCGAAAUACUAUCUCACAGUUAAACGCAUAUCUCUACGAAAGGCGAGUUCGAGAUUGCCACGAAACGAACGAACGUGCGAGAAAGUCAAAUCCUACGUCUACUUUUCGUGUGCAAUCUUUAUACUUGUGAAUCUUACAAAUGUAAAUCAGAAUUGCGUCAGCGAUUCGCUCAAUUCUGGAGUAUUCGUCCCGAAGCAGGAGAAUCUGGGACCAAUUGUACGGCAACCCUACAAUUCCAGUUUAUCGCAAUGAGCAUCUCGAGCCUCCAUUGUUUCACGAAAUAGCGUCAAAGUAAAGUUUUUGUUAACAUCAUGAAAUUAUCAUUCGUCAUGAAUUUACAAUUUUCCUGACACCAAGUGCCUUAAUGAAAACAUUAAAUAAUAUUUUUUCAAUCAAAAACCAAUCAAAAUUAAAAA